UGGACAACAUGCCUGUUCCCCACCAUCUGCCUGACGUGCGGCGGCCAAGCCUUGCUACCUCUCCUGCUAAACUUUUACUCUUUCGUGUUUCGUGGACCUGGGAGGACAGAAAGAAUGACUGACCAAGGACUGACAAACGAAGCCGCUGCAGCCGCCUGCAAAGAUGGACACGCGAUCACUAAGGACUUCAUGAUGCAGCAGACGAUGCUGAGAGUGAAAGACCCGGUUAAAUCGCUGGAUUUCUACACACGCAUUCUGGGAAUGACCUUGCUGCAGAAAUUCGACUUCCCCUCCAUGCGCUUCUCUCUCUACUUCCUGGGUUAUGAAGAUAAAAAAGAAAUCCCGGCCGACGUCAGCGAGAGGACGGCGUGGACCUUCUCGCGCCGAGCCACCAUCGAGCUCACGCAUAACUGGGGUUCGGAGACAGAUGAGUGUCAGUUGUACCACAACGGAAACUCGGACCCUCGAGGUUUUGGUCAUAUAGGAAUCGCUGUGCCGGAUGUCCACGCUGCUUGCAAACUGUUUGAGGAGCAAGGAGUGACCUUUGUUAAAAAACCUGAUGAUGGUAAAAUGAAGGGUCUGGCUUUCAUUCAGGACCCGGACGGCUACUGGAUUGAGAUUCUGAGCCCCAACAACAUGGUGUCCAUCACCUCGUAAGGACAAUCGAUCAGCUAGCAGACGUUUUCAGAGGAAGCUGGUGGAGAGAGAGCGAAAGAAAUGAGCCAUACUUUAAUGACCUCACGCCAACGGAGAGGGCGAAUCAGGAGAAGCUCAUCACGAGGUGCAGCCGGUGCUGAACAGCCGAGACGAGCCGAUAAGCUUUAUUUACAAACUCAUCACUGACAAUUAGACACUAAUAAUAAAACAUGCACUACAUCCUAACCAAUAUUCUUACAAAUACCGCUUACACAAACCGCUUUAGAGUCAUUCCUGUGUAAUUUUGCUUAGAGAUUAUAUUUUAUUAUAAAGCCCUCUUCUAUAUAUUGUCAAAAGUAUUAGUAUAUGUUCACAAUAAAACAAAAUAUAAACACCUGA